AUGUCCUCGCGCACCGCGAGCAGCGUCACCAAGCCCUCGCUGCGCAACUCGGAGCCCGGCAUGCCCUUGCCGGACCUGGGCAACCGCGGGUGUUUGCGUGUGUCUGACGCCAUUGCGUCGGGCAUCGACCGCGGAUUCUACAAGCUCGGGCACUUCGUGGGCACUCACCCGGUCAAGGUCAUCGUCGCCGUCGUCCUCUUCGUCCUCGCGUGGCUCGCGGGCCUCGCACGGUUCCGUAAUGAGACGCGGUCGUCGAAGCUGUGGGUUCCGAGCGACUCGGAGGCGCAGGACGACAAGGCGUUCAGCGACACGGAGUACCCGCAGAGGAUCCGCGCGCAGGUGCUCCUGCUGACGGACACGUCGCCGGACACCCCCAACGUCCUGACGAAGGAGGCCCUCGACCAGCUGUUCACGGUGGACCAGGCGGUCAAGGGCGUCGAGGUGCCGUUCACGGACGCGGACGGCGCGCGCACGCUGACGUACGCGGACCGAUGUUUCCGCCUGGGCGGCGUGUGCUGGGCGCGCACGAUCCUCGAGCUCUUCUACGACGACUCGAUCGGCGCCAUCAACCCCGACCUGUGGGCCACGCGCGAGGCCAUCGUCAGCCGGAUCAACCGCGACGACGUCCGCACGUCCGCCGGCGAGAGGCUCGCGCUCUUCGAUGUCGUCUCCGAGGAGGACAUCACCCGCGACGAGCAGGGCCGCGUGGACUCCGCGCGCUCCCUGCGCUCCGCGUACUUCAUGCAGUCGAGCGUCGGGAACGAGGUCGAGGACCCGGAGGGCGAGGCGUGGGAGCGGGGGUACCUCGACGCGAUGCAGGAGCGCGAUGCGGCGAUCGAGCAGCCCGGCGCGGACCUGCAGUUCGACUACCUGGCGGCGCGCUCGUUCGACGACGAGUUCGGCAGCGCGGUCGACGGCGAUCUGAUGCUCCUGCAGGCCGCGAUCGUGGUCCUCUUCGUGUUCGCCUGCGUGAUGCUCAGCCGCUGGGACCAGGGCUGGGUCGGCGUGCGCGUGUCCGUGGCGAUCUACGGCCUCGUCACCAUCGGCCUCGGCGUGGCCUUCUCCGUCGGGUUCUGCUCCGCGAUCGGGCUGUUCUACUCCGCGCUGAUGUCGGUGAUGCCCUUCCUGGUGCUCGGGAUCGGCGUCGACGACGUCUUCGUGAUCGUCAACGCCAUGGACCUCACCGACCCCGCCCUCCCCAUCGCGGACCGCGCCGCCGAGGCCCUCGCCUCCGCGGGCAGCUCCAUCACCGUCACGAGCCUCACCGACUUCGCGGCCUUCCUCAUCGGCACCAACACGUCCCUCCCGGCGCUCCGCAACUUCAACGUCUACGUCGCGAUGGGCAUCCUCGGCAUCUACGUCUUCUCCUGCACCUUCUUCACCGCGCUCCUGUGCAUCGACGAGCGCCGCCGCACCGCCAGCCGCGCCGACCUCCUGUGCUGCGUCCGCGCCAAGCCCCAGUGCUGCUGCGGGGCCCGCCCGGGCGAGUCCGCCGAGCCCGCGCCGUUCGCCAAGGGCUCCAACAAGCAGCGCGUGACGGGCAAGUUCGGGCAGCUGCUCACGCGCCCGGUGGUCAAGGGCGCCGUGCUCGUGGCGUUCGCGGCCACCAUCGGCGUGGGGAUCAGCGGCGUCCCGCAGAUGAAGAUCCAGUCGGACGUGCAGGACUUCGUCCCCCCCGACUCGUACCUGACGUCGUUCAUCGUCACCAACGACGACCUGUUCACCACCGUCGGCGUCGACUUCGACGUGUACUUCGAGCGCGACAUCGACUACACCGACCCCGCCGUCCGGGCCUCCCUCGACGCCGUGCACCAGGCCAUGCUCGACAACCCCGAGGUCGUCAACGACUACGUUGAGUCGUGGUGGUUUUCGUACAAGAACGCCAAGGCCGAGGCGCAGCAGCCGGUCCCGUCGGAGCCCGCCGCGUUCUACGCCGACGUGCGCGCGUACCUCGACUCUCCGCUCGGCGGGCGCUUCUCCCGCGCGAUCGUGUUCCUCGACGACGACGCGCCCGAACAAGGCAUCCGGACGUCGCGGUUCAGCGCGAACUUCAUCAAGGCGGACGACUCGCAGGAGCAGGUCGACCUGAUGAACAACUCCCGCGAGAUGGUAGCGCGCGCGGUGCAGGACGGCCCCCUGGAGGACAAGGCGUUUGCGUACAGCGAGUCGUUCCUGCAGUGGGAGCAGUACAAGCGCGUGGCGGAGGAGUUCAUCACGAACAUCGCGCUCGCGCUGUCCAUGGUCGGCGUCAUCAUCUUCGUGCUGCUCCUCAACCCGCUCGUGGCGCUCAUCACGUUUUUGACCGUCGCGGCCGUCGUCGUGGAGAUUAUUGGGUUCCUGCACUACUGGAACGUGACCAUCGACUCCGUGCUCGUCAUCAUGCUGGUGCUGGCGCUCGGGCUCUCCGUGGACUACUCCGUGCACAUCGCGCACGCGUUCAUGUCGUGCGGCGGCGACCCGAACGAGCGCGUCGUCGAGACGCUGUCGACCAUGGGGACUGCGGUCCUGUCAGGGGGGAUGUCGACGUGGCUGGCGGUGCUGCUGAUCGGCGCCAGCGAGUCCUACGUGUUCGAGGUCUUCUUCCGGUCUCUCUUCCUCUGCACCACGCUCGGCAUCUCGCACGGGCUCAUCCUCCUGCCCGUGGUGCUGUCGCUGGUCGCGCCUGCCGCGCACAGGCACGCCGUCGAGCGCCACGCCACGGAGCGGUCGUUGAGGACCGCGGACAAGGGGAGCUCGGACCGGUCGAUCGACGUCGGCGCGGUUUGA